AUGAAAGCUGCUUCUAAUGGAUUUCGCCCUUUUUGUGGAUUUGCCAAUUCACAUUUAGAAACCAUAGUCUCCCAAGUACUAAGUGCCUUACUUAACCGACUGACUGAGUUGGAGCAACAUGAGGCCGAUCUGCGCGCCUGCCAGACCAAUACCACCGACAUGCUUAUUGCCAACCCAAACUGCCCAACAGCCACUCAAUAUGAACAAAUAUUAUGUCGGCUGGAAAAGAAAUUGGCCAAGAACGUCGGACCAGAGGAGUUUCUGCAGUGCAGCAGCUUGGUGCUCUUCGAUGAGCAGCUGGAUUGCAUGCAACGACAUGCCGAAAGACUUGCACACUUAUGACAAAAGCAGGCAAGCGUCUUGGAUGACCAAGAAGUUCAAAGUCGAACGAGAACAACGAGUGAGGCAUUCUUAUCAUUAGCAGCUAGAAACUUAGCUGGUGAUGUAACGAAAACAUCCUCUUCAUGUGUGACACAAGUCAAUUCGGACGAGUCCCUGCCGGUUUGUGCCAAUAGAAUCCCAGACAGUUCUAAUAUGAAUACAACGGUCACGUCAAUGAAAGAGCAACCGCCAGUGGUUACUGUGAGUGGCAGCAGCAAUGAAAUCUCAACUACAACAACAUCAACCGAUAGUGGAAAGCCAGAUGAUUGGGUUGUUAUUCCAGUGUUUGCGGAUAUUGUGAAACUGGCACUGGCCGAACGUGUAAACGGUUUGCAGCGCUAACCAAAUGGCCAUAUCAAUAUAAACACCUUCAAUUGGAUGGGGGCGAUUGUAGGAGCCUUUACGAGCGACAUGCAUUCGAUUAAAUCUGUGCGGCGUCAUCUAGCGGCGAGUACGCGCAAAAUCGGUGAAACGGAAUUGAUGCUGGCUUCUUUUGCAUGCGAGGACUCUAACAAUGCUGAAAGGUUGAUGUACGACUUGAGUUAAAUAAAAUUGCAU